AUGCCCACUGUCUUCCAGAAGGCUCAGAAACGCCCUUUGAAGUUCGAAGAGCAGCUGUUAGCAGCUGAUCAGGUAAGUAAUCAUUGUUUAAACUCUAUGUUUACGGUUUUUUUUUUGAAUAUUAAAAUUUUUUCAAAUAUUGAAAAUCUUCACCAAAGAUGGCUAAAUUUUUAGCCGAUCGUCAAAAAGAUCAAGUCCGACAAGGCAGCAGCCAAGCCAGUCCAGGCUGCAAUCAGCUCCAAAUGCGUCGGAGUUCCGAAUGUCGAAGGUAAGCAGUUCUUUAUAUUAUUCAUGACAUGGGAAAUCCCCCAAAAAUAAUUUACCGCGCUUUUUGAUCUCCAAGAUUAAUUGAUUUCAGAAGUCUUUCAUGAUCCGACAACGGGGCGAAAGACCGGUCAUUGCGCAGGGCUUGGCAAUCCCUGCACAGCCUCAAGUUCGGAUAAAUCGCACAUUGCCUUGAGGGAUCGCACUGUGCGGGAACUGGAGAUGAUCUUCAGUUCCAACAAGGAAGUAAGAGAAAGCCAAGAUGAAGUGUGGGAAGCCGUCACUCGGCGAGAAUUUGGGUUAAAAUUGGAGAAGAACCCCGAAGAAACAUGGUACCAGUACUUCAAGGUGAGUAAAAAAAUUUUCAUAACUUCUUAAAUUUUUUCAUAAUUUUUGAUGACUUAAAAUUAAUUUAAAAUUUUUCAACAUUAAUUUAAAUAUUUUGCAGCGUACCGAGACCGCGGAAGAAGCCAAAUUAGCUGACUUGGCCGCUCGAAUCUCCGCCAAGCAACGCUUGAAGCAGGCCGACGAAAAGAAGACCAAAUGCGCGGAGGUCAGGCCAAUUGCAAGACGAAGACCAUCGCAGCCAUCAAGGACCGUGCCAUGGCAACAGGCAACGCUUGGCACCAUCGAAAAGAGGACAAUGCACAAGCCAGAGAAGAAGAAAGGGCCGACUCCAUUAAUGAAAAAGGCGAUGAACAUGGCCAAAAGAAUGAGAAGGUAA